AUGUUUGAAGUUAUCUGGACUGACCAUAACCGCGAACUGGUUGGGGAGAGGAGGGCUCGGAAAGAACUGGGAAAGACGGACAGGGCUCAAGAAGACGAUCUCCUUAGCAGCGAAAUUUCAGGAUGCACCUCGAUUCCCACGAGGUCGUCCUUGUCAUCUGGAGGAAAGUCACCCUCAGGCGAGGAACACUCCAGAUUCUUAGGAAGUAUUCGCCUCAAGAAGAGCUUCAUCUUCUCCAAGAAAAAACCCUCGGCGUCGCCCGAACUCGACAUCCCUAGUCCCGACAGAAAGAUAUUCAUUCCGUCGCCCUCGACACCCUCUACUAUCUCUGCGACAGUUUCUUCGGCCUCGUCGGAUGAUAAGUCGCCGACGACCCCCGCGCCUCCCGAUGGACGUCAUCGCCUUGAGCAUUUGUGGCUGCCGCGGAAGAACGCGCCAGCUCGUUCCCCAGGAGAUUCCAGGUUUUCGAAUUCGACUGAGCCAACGACACCAAUUACCACGUCACCUACGGGGAGCUCUAGAGCCGAGUCUUCCUCCUCCUCCAAGACCGAGAUAGUCCAGGCAUUGGGCCCGGAUUCGUGGAUUGCAAAGACAACGGAAACUACAUUCGAGCCCCGGUCUGAUGCGCACAAGGGCUGUGCUCGGUCGGAGGUGACAAUCAUCGUCGAUCGACCGAACCUCCGCACUCCGACGCCACCCGCCUCUCCGGAGCGACAUACAGCAGCCCCCUUUAUCCCCCAGAAACGUUCGGCGCCUACUACCCAAUCUGGCAGUCCACAUCCAAUAAUCCACGACGGUAGGACCGACGGAGCCAGUCCGAUCACUCAGCCGCCCUUCCCGGCUUUCAAGUCCCCAAAGACGCCCCCGAGCCCAGAACAAGACAGAGAUGUUUUCAUCUCUCCCCCGAGCCGGGCCGUGAUAUUCGGAGCCCAUGAUCCCGAAGCAUGGAAACCGCCCGCUGAGUGGGACAUCAACCCAUAUUGCGAGGCACCGCCUCUCCAGGUCUGCGGCCGCGCCCAAGUGCCCGUUCAGGACGAGGACUGCAUGUCCAUGGACAUGGCCAGCAUGCAGAGGGAGGUGAAAAGAAUGUCGUCCGCAAGCCCUCAGGUCAUCCUGGCCCGCCUCAGGGAGGAAUGGGGCAGCGCGCGGGACCCGGCUUUCUACAGGGAGCUCGAGAUGGAGCAGAAGCGGUGGAUGCUCUCGGCGCUGCACAACCUGGACAAGCCACGCAACAGCGCAUUUCCAGCCCGAACCUCGGCUGUUGGGCGGCCCCAGAGCCAGAAGAAGAUAUUGGCUUUGUUUGAAUCAAAAGCAACCGCCUCCUAUCUAGCCGCCGUCCACCACAACUCCAUCAUCACCCACCUCUCCCCCACCCCCCUAUCACACAACCUCUUCCCCAACAUCCGACCAAUCUUCUCCCCCCUCCCAUCAACCCCCUCCCCCCGGCCCUCCCUCCCCCUAGCGCCCGCCUCCUUCGCAGCCGCCUACAGCCUCUCCCUCCCCUCCGCCCUCCCGAGCCAGGCUAUCCCCCCGCUCCUCCGCGCCGUGUCCCGCGCCCUCGCCCCGGGAGGCGCCCUGCACCUGACCCUCGUCGACCCGUCCCCGGCACCCGGGUCCGCGGGCCCCCGCUUGCGCCGCUGGCUCGACGACAGCCGCCUGCUGCUCAACGUCGAGCGCCGCUUCCGCUGCGUCGGCCCCACAAGGCUGCUCCCGGCGUGGCUGGCGGACGCGCGCCUGGGCGUCACCACCGCUGCUGCCGUCGUGAGGAGGUUCGCGGCCGUCGCGGGCGCGGAUGCCGGCGACGACGAUGACGAUGACGAUGAUGAGGGGAGGCGCGUCAGGCUCGAGCUCCGCAGCACCGCUGGGAGGAUGCUGUGGCGGGAGGUGUGGGGGACCUAUGUGAAUGGGGAUUGCUGGUGGUGGGAGGACCCGGACAUCGUCGAUGAGUGCCUCCGCCUUGGCACUUACUGGGAGUAUAGCAUCAUCGAGGCCGUGAAGGAGGCCUGA